AUGCUAAAUGUCGUCACCUGUCAUUUAUCAUCUGUUGUAUCUACCGUUGGUUUACUGUUAUUGUUUAAAUUAGUGAUUGUAUAUGAUUUAAUAUACUUCGACAUGGCUAGAGUGAAUCCGAAAAUUAUUCUCAAUAAUUUCGUCUACAAGAUAAACAACAAAAUGGCGGACAGGACGUACUGGAAGUGCGUUUGUUACAGUAGGAGUCAAUGCAAGGCUAGAGUGACCACCCAAGGAACUAUUGCAAGGAUUACAGGCGUCCAUAACCAUGAACCAACAAUGGAAAAUUGUGAUGGACUAAAAUCGCAACGAACAAUCUACUUUGUAGCAGGAAGGACCAAUCCAAAGAUAAUUUUAAACAAUUUCGAGUAUAAAUUGCACACCAAGAAAUCGGACAGGACUUACUGGAAAUGCGUUUCAUACAAAACCAAAUGUAAUGCCAUGAUUAUCUCUCAAGCGAUAUACGUAAUAGCUGGUAAGAAGAAUCCAAAAAUCAUAGUCCACAACGAUGAUUACGUAAUAAAUAGAAAAAUGGAAGGAAGAACUAUUUGGAGAUGCUCUCAAUACAGGAGGUUAUCGUGCUCUUCCAGGAUCAUUACUUUCGGAAAGAAUUUGUUGAUAAAGUCCGUUCAUAAUCACGAACCCACGUAUCCUUCUUUAGACAAUGCUGUUCAACAAAAUGUCAAUAUUGUGAAUAGUACCAUCUACGUGAUGCCCGGCUUCAAACAUCCCAAGGUGAUCUUGGACGGCGACGAAUAUUCGGUGUAUUUGAAGCAAGGCGACAAGACAAGAUGGCGUUGCGCCGCGUACGCUCCGAUGAAGUGCAAAUCCACUUUGGUUACUUAUGGAAAUGGAUUGAAUAUCGUCAAGGUCAAUCAUCAGCACAACCAUAUUCCAUUGCUCGUCGAUGUAAUAUUUGUCUUACCUGGUCGAAAACAUCCGAGAAUCGAGGUAGAUGGUUUUGAAUACAACGUACAUAAAACGAAGGCCCACAAGACGAGGUGGAGAUGUAUGAACGAGUCCAAGACGAAAUGUACAUCUGUUGUAUAUACAUUUGGAAAUACAGUUAUCGUAAAGAAAGCUCAUAAUCACGAGCAAAAAAACACUACUGAUACUUCGAAAGUUGGUGUACCAAAGUAUCAUUUACUUCGGAAAGGCGGCCAAACACCCGAAGAUAUACCUAAACGACUACGAGUAUCGCAUUCACAAAAAGGUCGGCGUAAAAACAAGAUGGCGUUGCACGCACGAGAGCAAAUCGAAGUGUCGCGCCAAUAUUUAUACCACAGGAAAUACGGUACUAUUGCAUCACGAACACAAUCACUCGAAGUUGCAUUUGGCUUAUCAUCAACUGAUUGCUAA